AUGAGUGGUGACCUGAGCCUAUCGAGGGCAUUGGGAGGCUUACGAAUCGCGAACCCCGAUGACGCCCCGCCCCCCAGCUCCCCAGAUCAUGCGUCGGCUAGCCAGUAUACCAAGCCGGCAGAACGUCACGAUAAUGGACGUCCUGUCUCGGUCGGAAACGAGCCUCGAAUGAUCUUCGAGAUUCCAAGAGAAUUAUCUAAUGUUCACCCCGACCAGCUAGACCCGCCUCCGCCGCCGUCUUCAGACCGAAGAGAACAUCCCCCAGAAACCAGAUCCCAUCAUGCGAACCCCCUUUCCCGUUCAGCCAACGACACCCAUCCCGAUACCCAGCCAACGCCGCAUCAGCCCCAAAUAUUCUCCCAUUCGAGCCGUGACAUACCCGCCGCCUGGGGUUCCCAGACGCCAGCAAGAGCCGAGUCGUCGGCGGCCGGUCAGGCAGGCUACCAGCAUCGACCCGCAGCCAAUGCUUUAGCACGGUAUCCAAGUCAGAGCGACUCCUCGCAUGGCCUCAAUCACCGUGGCCAUGUAUCUUCGCCAGGCGGCCCGCUGCCUCCCCGCCGAAGCUCUCGAGGAAUGGGUGGGGGAUAUCUUUCUGGUACCCAACCCAGCCAUGUUCCCCAGAGCCAGAGUUCUGAGGCCCAUCUCCCGAUUAGCAGCCAGGAGUGGCAAGAACGAGGUGCUGCUGUUGGUGUUAGAAGAGAGAUCGAUGCGAACGGACAGACAGUCCUCCGCCAUGUAAAGAAAGGGGUGAGAGAUUUCACCUUUGGUCGAAUUUUGGGUGAAGGGUCAUACAGCACUGUCUACCUAGCCACAGAUCGGCAAACCCUGAAGGAGUACGCCAUCAAAGUCCUGGAGAAAAAGCAUAUUAUAAAGGAGAAGAAGAUAAAGUAUGUCAACAUCGAGAAGAAUACGCUGAAUCGGCUGACCGAACACCCCGGUAUCGUACGGCUCUAUUAUACAUUCCAAGAUGAAACCUGCCUCUACUACGCUCUGGAUUUCUGCAGUGGUGGAGAGCUCCUGGGCGCUCUGAAGAGAACCGGCACAUUCGACGUCGAAUGCACGAGGUUCUAUGGAGCUCAAAUUCUGGAUGCUAUCGAGUACAUGCAUUCUCGCGGGGUAUUGCAUCGCGACCUCAAACCCGAGAAUGUUCUACUGGAUGACCACAUGCAUAUUAAGAUAACCGAUUUUGGGACUGCGAAGAUGCUCCCAGAUCCCCGAGGACCCAGACCCCAGGAUGGUAGAGAUCGCGGCAUUCCCGAAGGCACCCAGGCUGGGAAGGACGACGAUAAUAGAGCUCCCUCAUUUGUCGGCACGGCGGAAUAUGUUAGCCCGGAGCUCCUAACCAACAAGAAUUCCUGCAAGGCUAGCGACCUGUGGGCGUUUGGAUGCAUCAUCUACCAGCUCCUUGCUGGUCGACCACCCUUUAAGGCUGCAUCGGAGUAUCUGACAUUCCAGAAGAUCGUCGGCCUUGACUAUGAGUUUCCUCCGGGGUUCCCACCCGCUGCAAGGGACCUCGUGGAGCGUCUCUUGGUCUUGGAUCCUGCACAUCGUCUCACUAUCGAACACAUCAAGAACCACGAAUUCUUUGAUGGCCAGCAGUUUGGAAAGGGGCUCUGGAGAAGCAAGGCCCCUCGCCUGCGACCAUAUGUCCCCCCGGCGCAAGAGCCUCACAUCAUUCAGCUUAAUGGAUUGUCAAGCACACCAAAACCUACUUCUGGAGCGCGACAGCUACCACAGGGUCAUCAAGGCCCUUCUUCAACGCCCAACGGGGCUACUCGUCCAACAUUACCUAUUGCCGAGUUGCCUCCUCCCACACAACUAGAUUUCGAGUGGUCUUCGGUCCUUACUCGAACAAAUGAAAGAAUUCUCAAACUUGGAGACUUGAUGGUAAUAUCUACACCCCUACCAAAUAACUCGCAGGGGAAGAAUGGCGAGCAUAGCGACGGGCAUAAGAAGCUGGCCAGGUUCUUUGGCGGAAGCACAACGAAGAAACGCCAAAGGCUGGUCAUGAUAACAUCCAGUGGGCGCAUCAUCUUAGCUCCAGCUGGAGGUGAGGAGAAGAGGGCUAAGCAGGACAUAUCUCUUCUGGCACCUGAUUGCGUUUGGAGAAGUCAGAUCGAUGCCAAGGGUCAGCCCGUGUGGUGUGUGGAUACUGGCGGAAUUCAUUACACGUUUGAAGAGCCUCGGUCGUCUUCGAGUUCAAGUAACCUGGCCAGCACUACGGCCGUUGACGAGUGGAUAGAUUCCUUACAACGAGCAAAGGAGCUCGCCCUCUCCCAGAAUGGUAUGGGUUCGUCUGGGAGUGACAACGGCUUCGGCGACAUGUCUUCAAAAAUGUCAAGCCCCGCUAGUACUCUAGGCGGAAGAAACACAUACUCGGCGGCGGAAGGUUUUGCUGUGAAUGACAAGGCUGGUCGAAGUCAUCUGAGCAAGACACCUACAACGGACGAAUCCACCCCAAGACGGAACCGAUUUAAAUGCAGGGUCAAUACCGUCAAUACCCCCAGACACCCCAGAGACAGGGUCAAGCCUCUGGACAACGGAGAGGAGGCAUUGGCGCAGAUUGCUCAGCAGCAACAGGCGCAAGCCCAAGCCAAUGAGCUGGCGAAGAGAAGGAGUCGCAAGCCUACCGAUAAAGCCAUGCCUGAAGGAGUUGAGGAUUCGACGAUUGACCCCGAACUUGUGGCUUUGUAUAGCAACCUCCGAGCAUACGAGCGACGACUCGACGCGACCUUGGCCCGCAAGAGACUCGACAUUAUUGAUAAUGCUAGUCGGUACCUGAAGCACGAUAGAACCCUUCGUAUCUGGAUCUCUAACUCCGUGGAAGACCAACCAUGGCAAAACAACGAUCUCAAUGUGGACAGUUUUGACUUCAGCAACAACUUGGAACCCACCUACCGUGUACGCAUGGAGGGUCGCCUCCUUGACGAUGAGUUUGAGGCCAUGAAACAGGGCGAUGCGGGUGCUGGCGGCCCUGCUCCUGCAGCUGGUCCUGUUUACAAGCUUUCCCAUUUCUUCAAGUCUAUAAGCGUAGAUUUCCACAUCCCCGGAAGGCGACCCGAUCAAAAUGUCGAGUGGAAGAAGCCUGACCGCAACCCACCUGCCAGUAGUCAACAAGCUGCCGAAUUCGAUGAAUUUUGCUUCAAGCGGAAUGGAGAUGAGAAUGUCAAUAUCACCAUCAAUCUUGUGCGCCACGAAGAACCCGAACGGUUUCUAUUAACACCGGAACUCGCAGCGGUCGUGGACAUGGAGGAAGCUACGCGCCAAGAAACGAUGAUGGGGAUAUGGGAAUAUAUCAGAUAUCACGGUCUCCAGGAAGAUGAGGAAAAGCGCAACUUUCGCUGCGAUGAUCUGCUGAAAAGGGUCAUCAAUCGCGGAGACGUCGGACACAUUCCCCAUUUGGGUGAAUACAUUGCGCCCCAUCUGCGGCCCCUACCGCCAGUGUCUCUGUCCUACACUAUUCGAGUCGAUGAGGAGUUCCACAAGAACCCAGAGCCAACUAUUUACGAUAUCCAGGUAACUGUUGAGAACCCGUUACGGGCCAAAAUGAUAGCAUUUAUCACGGACCCUGGCUACGCUGGCAUGCUCAAAGAGGUUGCGGGUCUGGAUGAACAACUCGCUAGGCUUAUCCAAGCCGUUUCCAUGUCCAAAUCGAAGCAUACAUUCUUUUCCUCCCUGAGCGAGGACCCAGUCAACUUCUUCAAGAAUUGGCUAAGCUCGCAGAAGAGAGAUCUAGAGGUUCUGGACGGAGAAGCCCCGAGAGGUGGAGGUGAACAUGCUGGUGGCGAUGAGUGGCGAAAGGGUGGGAACGGUAGCGUCUGGGCUACAGAAAACGCUCGGGAAACAGUGAAUGUUAUCCUCUCGCGUCCUAGGCCGCAAGUUCAGCAUCGACCAGCUUAA